GGCAUUGAGCCAUCACGUCCGGUUCUGCUCUUUCAAGUAUUAGUUCUUGGAGCCGUUUCUGUUCUCUUCGCCAGAAAUUCCCAUGACACUGAUGGGGAAUGGAAGCAGAGCAAUUACCAACGUGGAUGUUUAUUUUGGCUCUGCAAACAUCCUUUUCCGUGGGCUUUGAAAAUUCUGUUAUAUUGGGAUUGAAACUCAAUUUGAUUUUAAAAGAGGAUGUAUCAAGCAAGUGGCGGGACCUAGCCGAUCAUGGGAUAGGAACCUUUCGUUAGUGAUGAUUAGUCCACCUUUAUGCAUGAUGUCUUCCUUAUCAUCUGCAAGAAUCUCAUCUAUACCACCAUCUUCAGUUGUAUUAAGUGCCAGAAGAACAGAAUCCCAUGAUAUUCUUAAUAUUGUCAGUCUUAUGAAAUAUGAUACAGAAAGACUGUUUGGCAGGAUUAAUGUCAUAUAUCUUUUAGAAAAAACUAAUCUUGCAGUGACUGUGAUUAAUGACAAAAAUAUAAGUGUUGCUCAUGCUGCAUUUUUGGAUUAUCCUAACUGGGGUGUUGCUGAUGAAGCUAAUUGGGAAGUAUAUAUGAAACAAAACUAUCCUGAGACAAAGUGUACACCUUUGAAUACACUAUUUAUGCAUCUGUUUGUAGCAACUGAUGAAUGUGCAGUAGAUAGUUGUCACGAAAUUAUGAAGACUGUUUUUAAAACUGUACCAGAAUUACAUUUCGUAUUUCUCUUCAUACCAUUUCAAGAGGAAUUGGGUAUAGAUUUGGCAGCAGCUUUUGAGCCCAUGAAAAAUCCUGUCAGUUCAUCUCUGAUUAUGGAAUAUAACCUCCAUGUUUCACACAGGCAUCAAUAUUGCCCCCAGUUAUAUAUUCGCUGUGCCAGGGUAGAAGACCACGAUGAUCUCAUUCCGAUCUUUUCACGGCAUAAUGAUACUCUAAGGCAGACUUAUGGAGACUAUUUCCUCGCUGAACUGAUAGAAGCUCAAGAUGAAAAUAAUCUUGCUGUGGUUUGUGAGGAUAAUGGCUUAGCAGUGGGGUUCAUGAGUAUAUGUUCUGAAGUGAAUGUUCAGCUGCUUCAUGACUGCUUUGACUUGAAUCUUUUCCACGGACUUUGCAAACCACAUCCAGAUGAUAUUCUUAAACCACCAUGCAUUUCAAGUGAAAUUACAGAAGACGAAAACAUUAGCUUAGGAAGUCAAAGAGAAGAGAUUAUGGAUACCCAGAGUAUAGAUAUCCAGAGAAUCAGCAAAAUUGGAACUAUCUUUUCCCAAGCUUCAAGUGUAAAUGCAAUGCUAUCAAAAGAAAGUAUUCAGAAAGAGGAAAUACUUGCUCAGGUUUCAUUAGAACUAUCAUUAGAAAAUGCCGAAAGUAAGGAUCUGAAAGCAACUGAACAACCAUCUAUUACUAGUUUUGAAAGACAACCUUUCCAUCCUCUAUAUAAAGGAGAAGUAAAUGCCUUUUGUAUUCAGCUCUUUUGUAUUGAUGAGCAGCAUGAAACAAGGUCACUGGAUUUCUUAAACUUUGUUUUUGAACUUUUCCCAGAUAAAGACUUCUGCAUCAUCACGGUGCCACAUAUGGUCCCUGAAUUUCACCUGAUUCAGAGUUUUGUUAGGAUUAUUCCUUUUAGCGAUUGUACACUGGAUCAGGAGCUAUAUGUAUUUCAUCGUUCUGGAUUGCUCAAGUCUUUUCGUGUAAGAGCAGCAAAAUCUACUGAUGUCUUUGCCAUUAAAAGACUAAUCCAAACCCUGGAAUUGAACGUAGCCAUAUUGGAUGACCUAAAUAACUACUUAUCAGCACGAAGAGAUCCAGAUGGGACACCAGUUCAGGCAUUUGUAGCAGAGGUUUUGAAUCAAAUUGUUGGAAUAUCUGUUAUUAGAAAUGAAAUGGAUAUCGAAUACAUUCGCUCACAUUACAACAUUGAAGAUUUUAUCUAUUUCAGUCAUUACCAGCAGGAAGAACAUGGCCACCUUUACCAUUUUUCUAUCAAUCCAAUUUUUCAUCAUUAUGCCAAACAUUUUAUGAAGGAGAUACUUCGGUUAGCCUACAAAUCUUGCCUCUAUUAUCCUAUUUAUCCCCAGCCUGAAGAAGGCAAGUUCCAGAAUCCCUGUGCCCAUUCCCUGACAUCUGCCCUACAUUACAUGGUUCCCGUGCGACCAAGACGACAGAUUGUCUAUCCUCUGGAAAAGCUUGGCAUAAAUGCUCCAUCAAAACAAGUCUCUAAGGAUCAGUUAAAAUAUGCACUGUAUCAUUUCAAUCGGAAGUUGUCCUUGGAGCCUAAGGUAUCUGUCAGUUGUAGAAUAGUAGUUGUUGGAUCAUCAAAUGUUGGCAUCUCCUUCCUGGAGACACUGAUUUUUUGCCCACACCUGAAAUUCAACAACCUUACAUUGAUUUCAACUCAUGGCCUUCCAGGGAAAAGUGAAUCAAAUAAUAUGCAUAAGCGAUUUUUAAUCAACAGUUAUUGUUUUAAUGAGGAUGAUUAUGCAUUGAUGUCACUUGGUUCAUGGAUUAAUGUUGUGGCUGGAAAAAUGAUUGCUAUAAACAGAUCUGCAAAACAUGUAAUAAUUUCCAAGGGGAAAAAAGUGCUAUAUGAUCAUCUCAUUCUCUGCACUGGCCAACAGUAUCAGGUCCCAUGUCCUACUGGUGCAGAUAUCAAAAAAUUGUUAACCACUAGAGAGGUAUCAACCAAUUAUAAACAAAGGUACACAGGAAUAGUGCCCUCCAAUCUUUUUAUUAUUUCUGAUGAUGAAGAUGCAUUAGCAGCAAUCAAGUGGCUGAAAGAAAAAGUGGUUGAUUCCACAGGGAAUAUUAUUGUCUAUGGGAAUACAAUUGAUGUAUACACCACUAUAGAAUCCCUUUUAUCGUUAGGAAUUAGUGGCUAUCGUCUACACCUUGUGCACCCUCCCUCGAACUCCAAUAUUACUUCACUCAAUAACAAUGCAAUAGAAAGAGCUAUCAAGAAAGCACUGUCCAGGUCUGGUGUAACUGAACACCAUGAUAGUCUAUUGGCUCAGUGGAAUGAUGGUGAUCACCCAGAUCCAAUCACAUGUGCAUCUUUCACUACUAAUACAAAGCCAUUUAAGUUGCAAUGUUCUGCAUUCUUUAACUUUACCAAAAGAAAAGUGGAUUAUGAGACUUUCAAAGCAGUUAAUGAUGCAUGCCUUGUCUAUGAUGGGAGGCUUGUGAUUGAUACCAACUUCCAUACUAAUGAUGUGAGCAUCAGAGCUGCAGGUCCUUUAACCAAAUUUUCCAAUAUCUACUAUGCUAAUGAAUGGACACACAGCAAUUUCAGUUCAAAAGAGAUUGGAUUUCAGCUUGCUGCAACCAUGCUGAAUCUUUUUGAUCCAACUCUAGAGCCAAUUUUUGAACCUCCAGAAGAUUUAGAUAAACUAAUUCCUAUGUACAAGGGAUGCAAAAUUCAAGGUGGUGUUCUACCUGGAAAAUAUCAUUAUGUGCAUAUUUUUAAACCUGGGAUUCCUGCCCGCUUGGAUGUACAAGAAUCACAACCUAAUUAUGGGAUGGCAAUCACAACAGGAGAUGCGAUAAAGGGAACUUACUUCAGAAUACAUGUCAAUCAAUACAGCAUAAUAGAAACCAUUACUUGCUUUUCAAAGAAAUCUAUUCCUGUUUCCAACUACAUAUGUUUAUUUGGACACCAUGAACGUCUUCUUAAUAAUCUUUGUUCUCGCUGGAGGGAGGGACUUAUCUCAAAUCUCUAUAGCUGCUUUAAGGAACCUUGGGCCUUGGCCAUCUAUCAAGAUCGUUUUAAUGAUCUGAAGAAGGAACUACGUCAGAUCUUAGUAUCUGCCCAGGAAGAAGAUACACCUUCAAUGCAAGAACUUGUCCGUCAAAUAGUAGAAGGUGAAAUUUCAUUACUUGAAAGACCAAAGACAUAUCUCAAACAAUCCUUUAAACAAAGUAUAUGCAAUAACAUGGUACAAAAAAGCAUUCUCAAUUAUCUGAAUUAUAAUAAUUAUCAUCUGCCAAUGUUUGCCUGGCCAGGAAUAGUUUAGGUAUAAAUGACUAAAUAUGACUAUUCUUGCAAUGAAUAUACAAUUCAGCAAAGUGUUUAGAAAUGACGUGUAAAUAAGCUCUAACUUUUUAUGAUUAGCCAGUGAAUAAGAUAGAGCUUGCCAUUUAAGUAUAUGCUAUUUGUACACGUUAAAUCAUUAAACAUAAAAACAAAACAAGCCAACCAUCCUCUUAGACAAGGGUAUAUAACCACAUGUGCAGAUAUAUUAAGACAAUAGAAUCAGCUAAAGUUCUAUUUAUCUGAUCCGAGGCCAGCAACUUCAAUAAUAAGGUAUGUCUCAGUGCUACAGACUCAAUGAUAAAGUAAAAUAAAGUAUGUCAUUUCAUCAAUCUGACUCUGCUUCUAAAUGUUGCUACUUUUCAAUCCUGUAGCCUCCUGGGCAGUGCUGAGGACUCCCUCCCAAGCAGAAUUUGACAGAUGGCUAGUGAGAUUUGCAUAUUGCAUUUUAGCUUUUUAAUUGUUCAUUCAAAAUGCGAACUUUGUAUCUCUCUGUCUUCCUGGACAGAAGGUACAUUGUAGUAGGAGGAAGGUCAGUUUUCUAAUAUACUGGUUAGUGACCUGGCAGCUGCAGGGUUAACUCUCUUUCAAGGGGCAGCUCAGAAACUCUGACCAAUUGCAGAUUAGCUGCAGAAAGCAGUGGACUGUUUCAGCCAAUAGGAAGGGAAAAUCACCAAUCUAAGGAAAAUGAAGUGACUAAAUGUAUACCAACUGAUAACAUUUCUAUUUAUACCAAAUGAUGAAAAUGAAUUGGUAUAGUCAGGUGCAGAACUGAAGAGUUAUCAACAAUUCUGGCAUAAACUAAAAUCUUUUAAAAGAGAUGGGAUAGUAGUAUGAAGAGAUGGUCAAAGAUGGAAGGUGGAGAUUACAACAAAGGUCUAUCAAAUGAUCUGCAGGCAUUUUUCCAGUAACUGCUGUUCUAUUCAGUCAGAAAGGAAUAAAGGAUAAUCUUAUACAUAUCGUAUUGUGACUAGUCAGCAAUACCAUAACAUCAGUGGGGCUAUGAGGAAUAGGAUUGUUUCUUGAAUUAUUUGAGGUUAUAUCAUGUAAUGUGAAAAGGUGUGUAUUGUUUCAUUUUAGCACUAAAACAGAAGUACACAGAAAGCUUUAGAGAAGUAAAAAAGGUUGUGUACACAGUUUAACAAAUUGUGCACAAUUCAUUUGUUUGAUUGAACAAUUUCUCUGUACUUGCCAUAUCAGUGACAUUACAAAACAGUGUACAAUAAAUUUAAAAAUGAAACAAGUCAAAACUAUUAAAAUAAUAGUUUAAAUUUUUAAAAUCACAAAUAAAAGAAUACCUAAGCCUACGGAGCUAAGUAAAUUGGCGCAUGGAUAACUAUCCUUGAAUUAAUACUCAGAUGCCAGUACCCAACUGUUACAUCAAAACAUUGUAGAAAACUCAACAAAAAUUUGAAUUCUGAAUUUGCACCUAAAUUUUUUUAAAAAAAUACUUUCAUUAGAAUUUUAUUGCGACAUAAAAUAUAAAAAUAUAAAGAAAAGCAAGAAAAAGACAAAAGAAAAGAAGAAAAAGAAAUGAAAAAAAAAACCACAGAAAGUUGACUAAUUCCAAAGGAUGGCUGCUAAUGAGAAAGAUACCUUGUAAUUUUGGCGUGCUGAUUCACACUACACCAAGAAAAGUGAACUCCUAUUUGGUUACUCACUGAAAAACUGAUUGAAGUCAAUGAGUUUAAGUGCUCCAAGUUCUAUGCAAGUCUAUACAAUUUAUUCAGUUCAGGUAAACAUAUUUGAUCUGAUUCAGUGUGAUUAUGAUUGAUAAUAAUUUCAGAUAUUUGAGAACCUGUCCUAUUUGCUAGGAAGAAUAUUAGUUUUUCUUACUGAAGGUAUUUUUCCACUUAAACCUGGAGAUGACUGAAAAUGGCUUAAAAACAGUUUUAAUAUUUUUUUUCAAAAUUAUGUAUAUAUAUUUAAAUAAAAAGUAAUUGGUCUGUGCUUGAAAGUAAAUCAAGAAGUACCGUAUUUUCCGGCGUAUAAGACGACUUUCUAAACCAUGCAAAUCUUCUCCGAAGUCGGGGGUCGUCUUUUACGUCGAGUCGUCUUAUACGCCGGAAAAUACCAUAUUUUCCGGCAUAUGACGACUUUCUAACCAUGCAAAUCUUCUCCGAAGUCGGGGGUCGUCUUAUACGCCGAGUCGUCUUAUACACCGGAAAAUACAGCAAAUGACAUAAAAGAAAGGUUUCCUCCAUAUAGUUAAGGUUUAGCUUUUAUAAGUCCAGAAAAUAAUAAAAAUAAAACAUUGGAAAUUUUAAGAAAUAGUGAUAGUAUUAGAUCAAGAAAAACUGAUUACUUUACAUGACAAAAUAUUUUGAGCUUUCCAUCUUUUUUCUGAAAAUAUUUUUGUAAAAUACAUAUUUUCUUCAUUUUAAUACUAUGUUAAUGACUUCUUCUGUUUUCUAUGUUUGCCUAUCUUCUUUUCCUAAAUUGGGAAAAAUAAACAGAUGCUAAUUCCUUAGAGUUUAAUAGCUUUGUUCCUUUUGAAAUAAAAAUAAAGAACAACAGUGUCAUUAUUGUUUGAAUAAACUAUA